AAUCAUUUGAUUGAAAUUAUUUCACCGAAGCUUCGCAGAUAUCAUCUAGAAGUAAUAAUUAUUACCAAAUUUUUUCUCAGUGCACGUUGCAUUUUUAAGAAUUGCAUCUUGUUUCCAAGAAUAAAAUUAUUAUCAUUAAAAUUAUGUCUAAAUGGUCGACCGAUAGCAAUCAAGAAUACAAAGGAAGCACAUAACUUGUAUAAAUACGCGGAAUUGCAAAACCACAAAUAAAUCAUGAGAGUGAUGUAUGAUCGAUUACGUGAUUUAUCGAUUUUUUAUUGGUACGGUAUAGCGGCGAUUAAACCAUGAUUGUUACCGUUUCGGCGAGUUUCACGCUUGCCGUAGUAGGGGGAUGAUGAUGGUUUGUAUAAAGGCGCACACGUGACAAUUAAAACGAUCAGUCUCGAUUCCGUUCUCCGUUUAAUCCGUCGUUCCCGCGGUCCUUUGUGUCGCGGAAAUCGCGGACGAAGGUGGUCAGUCGAAAGCGGAAGUUAAAAGCCCGAAAGCGUUUAGGCGAAUACCUGUCGCAUUUCUGCUGCCCCGAAACCGCAGGUUCAAUUCCCGUAGACGAGCGAACUCGCGCGAAGAGCGAGAUUUCGAUCGAGGGGAGCUCAUCAGCCGAUCAUAUAUGCGUUACGUUAGGAAAACAAGCAAAAUCAUUCAGCUACAAUUUCGCACAUUCCUAUCGGAAACUGGCACGCGUGAUUAAGCGCGAUCGAACGAUCGCUAGAAUUCUCGCGUGUAGAUCCUCUGAAGUGAUCCGUCCCACGUCUCGAAACAAACGAUCGAGGGGUACGUUUAAAAAAUGCGGCCGCAUCUCUUCGUUCUGUUCCUCUUCCUAUCGGCGUCAUCCGCGGAGCAACGGCGCGUAAAAAGCGACGAGGAGAAAUGUCGCGCAGAGCAUCCUACCCUGCUCUAUUAUUUCUCAUGGGCGGAUUACGCGGUGCUCGCCACGAUGCUGUUGGUUUCGUGUCUGAUCGGCACUUUCUAUGGCUUCUUUGCCAAGAAGCAGGAAACUAGCCUGGAUUUUCUGCUGGGCGGCUCCACCAUGGGCACGUUCCCAACGGCAAUGUCGCUGGCUGCCGGUUUUAUCACGGCUAUCGAGCUCCUGGGAAAUCCUGCGGAGAUGUAUGCACAGGGUACUCAAUUUUGGAUGACUUGUCUUUCUUUCAUACUUGUGGUACCGAUCACUUCUCGUCUGUACCUGCCGGUAUUCAUGAAAUUAAAGUUGACAUCGAGCUACGAAUACCUAAAUCUACGCUUUGAUCGGCGCUGCCGAUUGCUCACGAGCGUGUUGUAUAUGUUGCAAAUGGUGUUGUAUACGUCAGUAGCUGUGUACGCACCUGCAUUAGCGUUAAGUCACGUCACGGGCCUGAAUACUUAUAUAGCUGUUACUCUAGUCUAUGUGGUCUGCAUUUUCUAUGCCUCUCAGGGUGGUAUGAAAGCCGUGAUAAUGGCCGAUACCUUCCAAGCCGCCGUUCUUAUCGGCUCGCUGUUCCUCAUCUUGGGCUAUGGGCUAUCUUGGGCGGGCGGAACUGCGCGAGUUUGGGAGGAGAACGCGAAUUCCGGCAGAAUGGAAUUCUUCAAUAUGGAUCCUAGUCCUACGGUACGGCAUAGCUUCUGGAGCGUUGUGAUCGGUGGUACUUUCUAUUGGGCCACCAUGUUCUGUAGCAACCAGGCGUCUGUCCAAAAGUAUCUCAGUGUCGAGAGCAUCUCGCAAGCAAGGAUAGCGUUGUGGGUGUCUUCGUUCGGUAUGAUCAUAAUUUAUAGCGUAAACUUUCUGACUGGAAUGGUGCUGUACAGCGCUUACAAAGACUGCGAUCCUUUGACAGCCGGAUAUAUAAACGGCCAGGAUCAAAUACUUCCGUUGUACGUGAUGAACUUUUUAGGAAGUCUUCGUGGGAUGCCCGGAUUCUUCGUGGCCGGUAUCUUCGCUGCGUCUCUCGGAACUGUUGCGAGUGCUCUGAACUCAUUAGCAGCGAUAACAUGUGAGGAUAUACUCCGAGGAGUCUUCCAGAUGGACUUGGCGGCAAAUAAAGGCGCCGUUUACGCCAGAUGGAUCAGUAUAUUUUUCGGAGCUCUCAGUUUCGCGCUGGUCUUCGUCGUCGAGCGUCUCGGUAGCGUCCUACAGGUUGCGCUAUCUUUCAACGGCAUGGUUGGCGGCGUAACGUUAGGAUUAUUCUCCUUGGGCAUGUUUGUGCCAUGGGCAAAUGCUAAGGGAGCAAUUGUAGGUGCCAUCACGAGUUUGGCAGUUGUGCUGUGGAUCGGAUUAGGCGCCCAAGUUGCGGCUUUAAACGGACAGAUUCAAUUGGAUAGCAAGCCUAUAUCAAUUGCAGGUUGUUCUUGCAUAAAUGAGACCACAAUUACAUUUGAUCAAUUAGAGCAUGACUCCGCUAAUGAAGUUUCGUCUAUAUACAAGACUAGUUACCUUUGGUACAGCGCAAUUGGUUGCAUGUUGACUAUGCUGGUGGGUUUAGCGGUGAGCUUUGCGACGGGCGCGCAGAAUCCCGCGGACCUCGAUCAGGACUUCCUGAGUCCGCCAAUCGCGGCCAUGUUCCGCAUGCAGACGAAGCCUCACACCUCCACGAACGUCCAGGGUAUCGCAAACUUCGGCCUCGAACUGGAGGACGAAAAGCCGCAACAAACGAACGUUUGCAAAAGUCCGAAGUGA